AUGACGACACAAAUCAAAUUCGCUUACCUUCUGCCUGACCCUCUCUCUGCGCUGUUCCUUGGUGAUCUUCUUGUUGCGAACGUAUGUCUUGCCCUCGGCGGUGAUGACGGUGUGUCCCUUGAUCGUCCUGGGUGGCGCCUGCUUCUUCUCCUUCGGGAGGAUUGGGUUCUGGCGAAUUGCGGCGUGCGCGCGGACGUACAUGUCCUCGAUGUUGUCCUCGUUGAUUCCCUCCCUGAGGAAGGCGGAGAAGUGCUUCUCGUACUUUUCAGGGUCCUCCUCCUUCAUUUCGCGCAUGUAGUUCGCUACAUGGACACCCAUGAUGCGGUCGCGGUGCGCCUCGGCAUCGUAGUUGGCCUGCUUGUCGUCUCCUACAGAGUAACCAGGGAACCUCUUCUCACUGUGGGGGAUGUGGAGUCCACCGUCGCACGCUCCCUUAAGGGCGCCGAACGCCUUGUUACCGGUGGUGACAAUCUUGAUACCGACAUCGAGCAAGGCCUUGAAUGGCCUCGUUUCGUGGUCCUCCUCCUCGAUGUGGAAGGAUUCACCGUCGGCCUCCUCCUUUCCGACGAAUUGGUUGUCGAGUUUGAGCUGCGCGAGAAGCCUGCGUGCAAGCAGGAGCCCAGUGCAGUACGCCGCCGCGUAGUUGGUCAAUCCGACCUUGACGCCGUAGUGCUUGAGCUCGGUUGA